AUUUAAUACACACUUAAAGGAUGUCCUUUUUCAGCUUCUUCAUGUUCUCCUUCUCACCAUGUCCAUAAAUAUCUCUUUUAUUCUUCUUUCUGCUGCACGUAUCAAUGGUCUCCCCGCCAUCAUCACCGUCUUUGUCAACCGCAUCUUUGUUGUCUUCCUUUUCUUCAAAUUCAUGCAGUACGAACCUGCCACCUUUAGUCCAGGUUCCCCUCCUCAGUCUUGACACCCCUGCAGCAGAAGAAGAAACGAGUAGUUUGGGAAAAAAAGGUUGUGAAAAACAUAAUCGUAAACGAGUCAUUGACAAGCUACUUCAAUUUAGUAAAAAUGGCAAACUUCAGCGGGGCUGCAUGAAAGAGGUUGCUGCAGAAUUCAACAUCUCAACCAAAACUGUUGGAAAGAUAUGGAGUAUAGCUAAGACUCAAAUGCAGGCAGGUCUACCUGUGGAUGUUCAGUGCAAGUGGAUAGGGAAUUCUGGAAAGAAAAGGGGUACUGUUAACACGCAAAAAAUGUUAGCAGUACCCUUUCACAGAAGGAAGAACAUGCGCGCCUUAGCCUUUGCAAUGGAUGUUUCAAAAUCAACAGUCCAAAGGUGGCUAAAGAGCAAGGACAUAAGAAGACAUUCUAAUGCCAUCAAGCCUUUUCUGUGUGAAAAAGGUAAGCUCAAAAGACUGAAAUACUGCUUGGAUCAUAUUACUGCCCCAUCCAUUCCCAUAAACCCCACAUUUCAUCAUUUCUAUGACUACAUUCAUAUUGAUGAAAAAUGGUUUAACAUCACAAAGGAAAAGACAACAUUUUAUGCACUACCAGAAGAACCAGACCCAUACAGAACUGCUCAAUCAAAGGCUCAUAUACCAAAAAUCAUGUUCCUAGCAGCUGUUGGUAGGCCUAGGUUUGGGAAUGAUGGGGCUGUCCUCUGGGAUGGGAAAAUAGGUAUAUUCCCAUUCACAUUUGAAGCUGAGACCAAAAGGUCUAGCAAAAACAGGCCAGCAGGUACAUUAGAGGUCAAGGCAACCACCACUAUAAACAGAGAUGAAAUGAAAAAGAUGCUACUGGAAAAAUUACUGCCAGCAAUAAAAGAAAAAUGGCCUGGUCCAAGAAGAGAUGUAAUAAUACAGCAAGAUAAUGCUAAACCACAUGUGGAUAUGAAUGACCUAGAGUUUGUACAAGCUGCACAGGAGGGUGACUGGAACAUUAAGCUUCAAUUCCAGCCUCCUAAUAGCCCAGACCUUAAUAUUUUGGAUUUGGGAUAUUUUAGGUCAAUUGAUACAAUUCUAGACCAGGCAGCAUCUAGGAAACUAGAAGACCUCAUCACUGUUGUUACCACAUCCUUUACAGCCCUCACCCCUGAGAAGUUAAACAAUGUUUUUUUGACAUGUCAAAGUGUAAUGGGGGAGGUGCUUAAACAGAAAGGGGGCAACAACUUCAAAAUCCCACACAUGGGGAAAAGUAGUUUGGCUAGACUUGGAAGGCUACCAGAUAAUGUUGGGGUAAGCCAAGAGGUCUAUCAGGAAGCAAAAACAUUCCUUGAAGAACACAUGUAGACUACCAAGUCUUGGAAGUCUUACUUUUUGUAUGUACAAACAUCAUGGGUAAAAGUACAAUACUUUAAUGUACUCCCAUGUAAUGACUUUUUUGCACAUAUUUUGUAUGGCAUGUAAUCAGUGUAGUAUGAAAAUCUAGCAUACAGAUUGGUCAUAGAACAUGAUGUGUAUGUACUACCAACUGUUGUUGACUAACUUUUGUCAUGUAAUCACUUUGUUCUGUUUUUACUAAGAAAAAGUGUAGCAUCUG